CACACGCACGCACGCAGACUCCUCCUUCCUCUCCUCCUCUCCUCCUCCUCUCAGUUGCCCCUGUGACUCCUUGCCGGGACGGUAUAACAGUAGCCUACAGAGCGGGGACAGGCGGUGGAUGGGGCAGGGCAGUAGCCGCAGAAGCAGCAGCAGUCGGGCGCAUCGACCGAAGCAUGCUCCAGCGCAGCCAUGACUUGCUCGGCGUCAGAUAGCGAGAAGAUCGUGAUCAACUGCGGCGGGAUCCGACACGAGACCUACCGGAGCACCCUGAAGACGCUGCCAGGGACACGUUUGUCUUGGCUGACCGAGCCCGACGCCUACAGCAACUUCGACUACGACCCCAAGUCCGACGAGUUCUUCUUCGACCGCCACCCGGCCACCUUCGCCUUCAUCCUAAACUACUACCGCACCGGCAAGCUUCACUGCCCCAAUGAUGUGUGCGGGCCGCUCUUCGAGGAGGAGCUCGCCUUCUGGGGCAUCGAUGAAACGGACGUGGAGGCGUGCUGCUGGAUGAACUACCGGCAGCAUCGCGACGCCGAGGAAGCCCUGGACAGCUUCGAGACCCCCGAGCCGGACGCACCAGAGGAUGACCCGGCGCUCACCGGAGGAGCGGACGGCGACCUGAAGCGGCUGUGCAUGCAGGAGGACGGCCGCAGGGCGACAUGGUGGGAGGUGUGGCAGCCCAAUAUGUGGGCGCUGUUCGAGGACCCCUACUCCUCCAAAUACGCCCGGUAUGUGGCAUUUGGCUCACUCUUCUUCAUCCUCCUCUCCAUCUCCACUUUCUGCCUGGAGACCCACGAAGCCUUCAAUACCAUCUACAACAAAACGGAGACAGUCACCGUUGGCAACUCGACGCAUGAGGAGAUAGUGUAUGAAGUAGUCACAGACGGCUGGCUGACAUAUGUGGAGGGUGUCUGCGUCAUUUGGUUCACCAUUGAGGUGAUGCUGCGUGUCAUCUUCUGCCCUGACAAGGCAGAGUUCUUCCGCAGCGCCCUUAACAUCAUAGACUUUGUGGCCAUCGUGCCCUUUUACCUGGAGGUGGCACUGAGCGGCCUCUCCUCCAAAACAGCCAAAGACGUGCUGAGCUUCCUGCGCGUGGUGCGCUUUGUCCGUAUCCUGCGUAUAUUCAAGCUGACCCGCCACUUUGUCGGUUUACGGGUCCUGGGUCACACUCUGCGGGCGAGCACCAACGAGUUCUUGCUGCUCAUCAUCUUCUUGGCGCUGGGCGUCCUCAUCUUUGCUACCAUGAUCUAUUACGCCGAACGCAUCGGUGCCGACCCAGACGAUCCGACAGCUGCGGCCCAUACCAACUUCAAAAACAUCCCCAUCGGCUUCUGGUGGGCUGUGGUGACCAUGACCACUCUGGGUUACGGGGAUAUGUACCCUGAGACGUGGUCGGGAAUGCUGGUGGGUGCCCUCUGCGCCUUGGCUGGUGUGCUGACCAUUGCUAUGCCUGUGCCCGUCAUCGUCAACAACUUCGGCAUGUACUACUCCCUGGCCAUGGCCAAGCAGAAGCUCCCUAAGAAGAGGAACAAGCACAUCCCCCGAGCGCCACAGCCAGGCAGCCCCAACUACUGCAAGCCAGACGCCCUGGCCAUGGCAACCGCCUCGCCGCACAGGCUGAUGGGCAAUGUACUCGGGCCAGGCAUGGUGGGAUCUGGCAGUAUGAUGGGUACUGGAGACUGCCCACUGGCACAGGAGGAGAUCAUCGAGAUCAACAGGGCAGACUCCAAGCAGAAUGGUGAUGCGGCGGCCAAUGCUGCGGCCCUAGCCAACGAGGACUGUCCCACCAUCGAUCAGGUCCUCGGAGAUGAGCGUAGCCCAGCCACCGGUGGCCUCGGCUCCACCACCAGCCGCGAGCGCUACCCACAUGACCGGGCCUGCUUCCUGCUGAGCGCCGGGGAGUUCCAGCGCACGACGGAUGGGAACGUUCGGAAAGCUGUCUUCCCCUCCUCCUGCUCCUCCUCUUCCUCCUCCUUCUCCUCCUCUCACCCGGUCUCUUCUCACUCUGGUACUUACAGAUAGGGGGGCACUACGAACCAAACGCUCACCAUCAUGUUUCCCCCCAUGAAAGCACUCCAAAGACCUGGUUCCAAAUGAGCCGGGGAGGUCUUAUUCCCAGACUGCUUUUGGGGAGAUGGUGCCUGGUCUGUCUAUACUUUGUUUGACUUUAUGAUACAAAUGUUUUGGUUUGCAGAUUGUACAGUGUAGAGAUCAAUCAAAUAUAUCAUUCGAUCAAAACCAAAAUGAAGUAUUUUUGCAAAAAAAAAUUAAAAAGAGGCAAAACUAUAAAAAUAAAGGAAUAAAUGGGGAUUCAAAUAAACAUUUGUUUUGGGAUGGGUGCCAGAGUGAAAGCGACUGCUGCGCACUGGUUGGCUCGUUGCCUUGCCAGGCCAGUGAGAGCUGGUUGCUGAUUGGUUGGUUGGUCGGUUUCCUCUGUCCUUUCCUCUGGAACUGAGCUCAGGUCAGUUUUUACAGCGCAGCCCCCAGAGAGCACUGUUUUCCUUUUACAGCAGACUUGGCUCCAAUUGUUGCAGCUGAUUUGAUCCUUCAGGGAACAAUUUUCUAACAUCUGAUUUAUAGUAAGAAAAAAAAAGUUUUUUAAAAAAAGUUGCCAUUGCACUUUGAAAUAAAAAUAUCUUUUUGUAGCUGAGCAGUGUCUGACUCUCUGUCAGGCUGGGCUGGAACACUGACCACUGUAGUGCUUCGAAGGUCUACGUUAGCCAACGAGACAGCUAGAUUUUUCUUAUUUUUUUAUUUUUAUUUUCCAAGAAAAAAACAAAACACACAAGAUAUAGCAGGUUCUGUGAUAGACGAGCAGGCAGGAAGAAAGAAAGACAGACAAAACUGUAAUCCCCAAAAGACACACAUGCACUACACACACAUCCAGGUAAGUAUGAGAAAAAACUUCGAAGGGCUGUGGUGACUAGCAUAGUGGUGGCACUGUUUGCUGUGCUGUGAUGGCCUCUUAGCUUUCUCUCUCUGCACUUUAAAAGCUUAAAAUUCAAACUGGGAAACUAUUAGAUGCCUGCCUCUGGGGAAAAAAAGAAAAAAGUUUGCUUUAUUUAUCUUUUCUUAAGUUAUCUUCUCACAUUUGCAACAUGUCAAGUUUGCUUGGCAAGAUAAAUCAAGCACACCUCGAGAAUCCACAGUAACACACAUCUCAAAAUGGUCGCCAGGCUUUUGCUUUAAAAGUGCCACCAGGGCUCUCUUCCAAUCCCUCUAAGACACUCCUCUUUCCUUCCUUCCUCCCUUUCGCUGACAUUAUCACAGAUUGUGCUGUACUUGGACGGGAUUAAUUACAGAUCUUAAUGUCACUGCUGUCACUGUAAUCCAACACUAUCAGAUCUGUGGUUUGCGAUGGGCGGGAAGAACGAAAGACUUGAGCAUUUCGGAGGCAUUCUGAAAAGGGCAGCAUCGCAUAGUUAACGCUCUUUUUCCCUUCUGUGCAACUUUUAUGCUCCUCUUCUUCUGCUUUUUUGUCCUCGCUCUCGUUCCUUUGUAUGAGCAAGCAUAUAGGGCAGGGGCGCAAGCUACUACCUCUGGUUAAAAAAAUAGGACCAAAAUAUAAGAAGUAUUGCACUUUAACAAAAGUCCCUAUCAAUGCAGAACUCUUCAACAUCCACCUUUGCUUCGCCCCUGCCAGAGGGAAUCUUGUGGUUUGUAGCUUGGUUAUGAAAUGCAAUGCUUUGACCUUUUGGUGAUCCUGGCCCAUGGGCACAAGUCACAGGAGGUCAAACAAUUGAGCGAACGUUUCUCUCU